AUGCCGUGCGAAAUGAUAACUCUGCAGCUUGGCCAAUGCGGCAAUCAAAUUGGAUUUGAAUUUUGGAAAAGGCUAUGUGCAGAACAUGGUAUCAGUCCGGAAGGAAUUUUAGAAGAUUAUGCAACAGAAGGGACUGAUAGAAAGGAUGUAUUUUUUUAUCAAUCAGAUGAUGAACACUAUAUACCACGAGCUGUCUUACUGGAUUUGGAACCUAGAGUAAUCCAUACCAUCAUGAAUUCUCCAUAUUCAAAGCUAUACAAUCCUGAAAAUAUUUAUUUGUCAAAACAUGGCGGUGGUGCUGGUAAUAACUGGGCAUCAGGAUAUCAUCAGGGUGAAAAAUUACAGGAAGAAAUCUUUGAUAUAUUAGAUAGAGAAGCUGAUGGCAGUGAUAGCUUGGAGGGUUUUGUUUUGUGCCAUUCUAUAGCAGGUGGUACUGGUUCUGGCAUGGGAUCCUUUAUGUUAGAAUCUUUAGCCGAUAGAUUUCCUAAAAAAUUAAUCGAGACAUACAGUGUUUUUCCAAAUCAAGAUGAAAUUAGCGAUGUUGUUGUACAGCCGUACAAUUCGUUAUUAACAUUAAAAAGGCUGACUCAAUGCGCCGAUUGUGUGGUGGUUUUGGACAAUACUGCUUUGAACAGGAUUGCCUCCGAUAGAUUACAUAUUCAGAACCCUAGCUUCACACAAAUUAAUAAGCUUGUCUCGACAAUAAUGUCUGUCAGUACUACUACUCUAAGAUAUCCCUCGUAUAUGAAUAACGAUUUGGUUGGUUUGAUUGCACCACUUAUACCAACUCCUCGUUUACAUUUCUUGAUGACUGGUUACACGCCACUUACAACGGAUCAAGAGGGUGCAUCCGUGAGGAAAACAUCUGUUCUGGAUGUGAUGCGACGAUUAUUACAGCCGAAGAAUAUGAUGGUUUCUACAGCAUUAGAUAGAAACACAUCUCAUUGCUACAUAUCUAUCUUGAACAUAAUACAGGGUGAAGUUGAUCCGACGCAAGUGCACAAAUCUUUACAAAGAAUUAGAGAGCGGAAACUCGCACAAUUUAUCCCUUGGGGUCCAGCCAGUAUACAAGUAGCUCUCUCAAGGAAAUCGCCUUACAUACAGAGCACGCAUCGUGUGUCUGGUUUAAUGUUAGCCAAUCAUACUAACAUAUCGUCGCUGUUUGACAGAGCUUUGCAACAGUAUGAUAAACUGCGUAAACGUGAGGCAUUCUUGGAACAAUUUCGCAAGGAAAAAAUGUUUGAGGAUAAUCUUGACGAGUUGGACAAUUCACGAGAAGUCGUAGAAUAUUUAGUAAAAGAAUACCAGGCGGCGACUCGGGAAGAUUAUCUUAGUUGGAAUCCAAGCAAGAUAGAUACAUAAAAUAUCUAAAAAAUAUGUAACAAGAAAUCAUAUUUUCUAAAAUCUCACACUACAAUAUCCGGAAAGAAAAUGUCUAAUGGAACAUGAGGAAAUUAAUGCCCUAAACCAGAGCUCGGCAAACUUUACUACUUUCGGUCGAUUUUCAGAAGCUACGUCUUCUAUCUCCCCUUACCGCGCGGCGGAUCCAGCAACCAACGGCCGCUGCUCGCGGCCUCAAGACCGUUGAAAUCAUAAGGCGCAUCUAUGUGGUUUAGAAAAAAAACGCGUCGGUAAUAGUACCUCAUGGGUGACGAGGAAACCUAUUAUGUUACCUUCUAAUUAUAAAAAUAUAAGAAAAAAUAUAUAUAUACACUUACAUA